CGAUGACUUAAUUGCCCCGCACACCCCGCACCUAGAUAUCCACUUUGGUGGUUCAAGCUCCUUUGAGAUCCCCACCGAAAAGUUUCCAGAUCAUCUUAUCGAUAAACUAGGUGUUUGCCUUUGUCUUGUCAGCUUAAGGUACCUAGGUACGUACCACACUCUCUCCAGGCAACUUCUCAAUUGCGACGACUUCAAACGACACCAAGGGCAAAGAAUCAGACACAUUUCAGCUCUUCUAUCCUUAGAUUCUUUUUAGAAAUAACUACUGAAGUCUACGGUUCUAGUCCAAGCAAACAUCAUGUCUUCCGAAACACAACCUAUAAACCCAGCUCGUUUCGCCGAAGCUCUUAAGGACCUACCUGCUGAGAGCCUCGCUUUAAAGGUUCUAGAGCUGCGCAACUCAAUAGCUCAUCUAGACUAUUCCAAUGCCGAACUGAAGCCUUACGCCGAAGGACGAGCCCCCACUCUAGAUCAACAAGGCGAGACUACUCAACCGGACCAAGACUGUAUCGACGCUAUCGCCGAAAACGAAGCAGUUAUCACCCGCAUGCAAGAGCGCAUCGAGCUAAUACGAGUUGAGGUAGAAGGUCGUGGCUUAAGUUGGCGGGAGUUCCAAGGGAAGGCUGAUGAGGAGACUGCUGCAACGGACGGUGGCAAUACUGAUUCUGAUCACUUGACGAACGGGGUUAAUGGAACUGGAGCAAGCGACCAAACACAACAUCCAGCAUGGCAAGAUGGUACAUUCCAAACGGGCACCAUAAGUCAGCUCGGUGCUGAAGAGCGAGAACUUUUAAGACAACUCCAGAGUCGAAUGCCGCCCGAAGAUGAGGACGACGACCCGGAGGGUGGUAUGCACUUGUAAUACGGCGUGAUACACUAGAUGGGGAAAACAAGAAUAGAAGCUUUGAGUUUCGUGUUAGCUAUUAUACAGCAAGCACCGGUGGUGUUGAGGAGUACAGGAGAAAAUGAUC